AUGGCUAUAUAAACAUCAUAAAAAUUGAAGAAACUACACAAGUAUUGAACACUAGUAAAAAUGAGUUCCAAUUCCAACAAGAGUACACUUCCCAAGGAAGCAGGAAAGGUGGAUGAUGCUUACCUCUCUGCUAUGUUACUUUGCUUUAGCCGGAUCCUCCCUGCAGCUCUAAAUGCUGCUAUUGAUAUCAAUUUGUUUGAUAUUGUUGCAAAGGCAGAGAGUUCAUGUCAUGCAUCUUUAUCUGCCUCUCAAAUUGCUUCUUUGCUUCCAAAUCAACCCCCUCAAUUGCCUAAUAGGCUUGAACGCAUCUUGCCACUUCUAGCCAGUUAUUCUCUUCUGGAUUGCUCCAUUCGAACCAAUCAAGAUGGUAAGACAGAAAGAGUUUAUGCUCUCUCACCCGUUGGCAAAUACUUUGCUUUUGAUAAUGAUGGAAUCUCUGUGGCUCCUUUCACAACUUUAAUGAAUCGCGUAUUUCAUGACCUAUGGACGGAUGUGAAGGAUGCAAUUGUGGAUCCUAAUUGCAAUAACCAUUUCGAAAGUGUCUAUGGAAUGCCAUCAUUUGAAUAUAUGGGGAGAAAUGAGGAGCUGAAUGACAUGUUUAACAAAGCAAUGGCUCACACUGGCCCAAUAGAAACUAAAAUGGUACUCAACUCAUACAAAGGAUUUGAAGGAGUUUCAACACUGGUUGAUGUAGGAGGUGGAGUUGGAGGGACCUUAAAACUAAUUCUCUCUGCAUAUCCUUCGAUUAAAGGAAUUAAUUUUGAUUUGCCUCAGACGAUUGAGGAUGCACCACCUCAUCCAGGUAUAAAGCAUAUUGGAGGAGAUAUGUUUGAAAGUGUUACAAAUGGUGAUGCCAUUUUACUAAAGUAUAUAUGUCAUAAUUGGCCAGAUGAAGAUUGUGUAAAGUUUUUAAGAAAUUGUCACAAAGCCUUGCCACCACAUGGAAAAGUGAUUGUUUUGGAUGUUAUUAUUUCUGAGGUCCCGAAUUCAAGCAACACAUCUAAGCGCACUUUUAUUGUUGAUAGUCACAUGUUUUUAUCACAUGGUGGAAAGGAAAGAACUGAGAAUGAAUUUGAGAAGUUGUGCAAGAGCUCUGGUUUUUCCAAAUUUCAUGUUGCAUGUAAUGAUAUCCCAGGUAUACGCUAG